GUGAACAGGACUGUCUUACGAGUUAGUUUAUGCAAAUUGUAAACAAGUGCCUGUUGCUUGGUCCCCAGGGACAGGCAGCCGCUUCUUCAUUCACUCGGAACACCAGGCAGACCAAAGUGGUGGGCACUGCUUCUUUGGGACAUACUCAACGAACACUUUAUUCCUCCCAAUCAACCAUCCCCUCCUCCACCAAACAGCUUCUUCCCGCAAUGGCAUCCCUCUUCAGGGCACUCUCCAGGACACCUCUGCUCCUGAGUGCUGCUCGUCCCUCUACCUCUACUGCCAUCCGUCCUCUUUCCUCGCCCUCACUUUUCGUCCGCAACUUUUCUUUUGGUUCGCCUUCUGCACCACUCUCUAUCCGCAACCAUGGCUCCAUCUUCCCCUCCCUCCACAGCUCCUUCAACAUGUCUUCAGCCGUCCGCUCGUUGGCAACACCCGUAAACAAGACCCAGCGUCGCUUCAACAGUUUGCAGCCCAAGAAGAUGAAGUAUCGCAAAAAGCACAAGGGCAAGAUUCCAAUCCCUAUCGGAGGAUCUACUAAGGGUACCUUUGUCGAAUUUGGGGAAUACGGGCUUCGUAUCAAGGAAGGUGCUCGCUUGACGGCCAAGCAGAUCCAGGCCGCCCACACAACCAUCCGCAGGAAGAUCAAGGCAGUGAAAGGAUCGCAGAUCUGGACCAGGGUCUUCCCAGACAUCCCUGUCACGUCCAAAGGAGGCGAGAGUCGUAUGGGUAAAGGAAAGGGAUCCGUGGAUUACUAUGCGACCCGAGUCGGGCUUAACCGUAUCAUCUUUGAGAUUGGUGGAGGUGGAAUCCGUCGCGAGCACGCCAAGGAAGCCUUGAGAUUGGCCGCGGCCAAGAUCCCUGUCGCUGUUGAGUUUGUUGUCAAAGCUGAACAGGUGAAGCCGCCCAAAGUUCCUCGUGUCAUCCCUGGCGCGCCUGUCCCUCUUAAGGCACUUAACUCUGCGUCUGCAACUGUUGUACCUAUUACACCGGUUAUCGCCAAGGAGGCCGAGAUUGCAGCAUAGUCUGCCAAUUUCUGAAGUGCCUUUUUCUCUCUCUCUUUCUGUACACCACUCGUUUGAUUUUCGGAUCUGGAUGUCCUUGUUUUCUGCCUUUCGCACCCUUUCAUAGCGCUCUUCUCUGAGAUAAUAAACCGAUCAUAGACCAUGCUGCAUCAACUGCUCUGUGUGGAAAUAAAGGUGACGUCACCCUUUUUUUUUUCCGAAGAA